CGGGGCAGCGGACGGGGUGCGUCUCCUCCCGCUGCCGCCGGCCUGAUAAAUGAGGGACUUCGGGUUUGGGGUGCUGCAAACAGCUCGGCUCCGAAGCAGCAGUCCCGGGCCCCUGUUCAGCGGCGGGGCGGACCGUCCCUACGCCGCUGGAGCCGCGGCGGCCGCCUCCCCGUCGGCCUCCGCCACGCCUUUCGGCCCGCUCUCGCCGCCGCCGUUGCCUGUCACCGGCUUCUCGGAGGCCGCCUCCCCCUUGCCUAUCCCCUUCGGCUGCGGCGGCGCGGACAGCUCGACCGCCACCGCUUCCUCUUCCUCCCCGUUCCCGGUGCAUCAGCAGACCAUGCAGGAUGAACUGCUGCUGAGGCUGACACAGCAGCCGGCGCGGCCACUCUCGGGGGCGGAGGCCACAGAAAAACUCCCCAACCACCACCCCGGCGGCGGCACGAACGCGGGUGUGACCCACCUCCUCCCCUCCCAGGACUUCAAACCGAGUCUGCACCACCCCUCCUCCUCCGCCUCCUCCUGCUGCUGCUGCCGCACCUCCUCCCCGCAGGACUUCAGUAAGCGGCAGCAGCAGCAGCAGCUGAGCAGCCAGAAGAGGAAAGAGUUCAGCCCUCCCCGCCUUCCCCACCCUCCGGACUCGAAACCGCCGCCGCCGCUCCACUGCCCCGGCCGGUUCGGCUCGCCGCCGCCGCCCGGCCAGCUCCUCCAGCCGGCACAGCUCGCCCAGCGCCAGCCGCAACAACAGCAACAACAGCAGCAGUUCAGCCUCCCGCACCCGCAGCACCUCCCGCCGCAGGACUUCGCCCCGCAGCAGCGCCCGGCCGACCUGCCCCCGCUCCCGCAGCUCCAGCCUUCGCCGCCUGCAGCCCCGCGGCGCCGCCACGGAGGCGCGGGCAGCCCUCGCAAGACCCCGGCCGUGGGCGAGGGCAGCGCCGCCGAGCCCCCCAAUGCGGGCUUGGCCCCCUCGACGCCGCCGGUGAACCCCGCGCCGGGCUCCAUGGAGUCCCCCAACCAUCCUCUGCUCAACAGCCCCAGUAACCUCCUGCCUGGCGGGGCUCUCGGCGCGGGCGCCUUCAGCAGCCUGCAGAGCCCGGACCUUCCGCACCCGGGCGGCGGCGGCGGCGGCGGCAGCAGCGGGGGCGGGGGGCCCCCCGGCGGCGGAGGGGGAGGCGGCUCCGCGUCGCCGCCGCCGCCGCUGCCGGGCUUCGGCACCCCCUGGUCGGUGCAGACCGUCAGCGCCAUGCCGCCGCCCAGCCCCGAUUCGGAGAACGGCUUCUACCCCGGGCUGCCGUCGUCCAUGAACCCGGCCUUCUUCCCGAGCUUCUCGCCCGUGUCCCCGCACGGCUGCGCUGGGCUCAGCGUGCCGGCGGGCGGCGGCGGCGGGGGCGGCGGCGGCUUCGGGGGCCCCUUCUCGGCGGCCGCCGUGCCCCCGCCACCGCCGCCCGCCAUGAAUUUACCUCAGCAGCAGCAGCCCCCGCCGCCCGCGGCGCCGCAGCAGCCUCAGAGCCGGAGGUCACCCGUCAGCCCGCAGCUCCAGCAGCAGCACCAGGCGGCCGCUGCCGCCUUCCUGCAGCAGAGGAACUCCUACAACCACCACCAGCCUCUUCUGAAACAAUCUCCUUGGAGCAACCAUCAGAGCAGUGGCUGGGGCACUGGAAGUAUGUCGUGGGGAGCAAUGCAUGGCAGAGAUCAUCGUAGAACUGGAAACAUGGGAAUUCCAGGAACUAUGAAUCAGAUAUCUCCAUUGAAGAAACCGUUUUCUGGUAAUGUCAUAGCACCGCCGAAAUUUACUCGCUCUACUCCAUCACUGACUCCAAAAUCUUGGAUUGAAGAUAAUGUGUUCAGAACAGACAACAAUAGUAAUACGCUCUUACCCUUACAGGUGAGAUCUAGUUUGCAGUUGCCAGCUUGGGGCUCAGAUUCACUCCAAGAUAGUUGGUGCACUGCAGCCGGAACAUCCAGAAUAGACCAGGAUCGAAGUAGAAUGUAUGACAGUUUGAAUAUGCACUCUCUGGAAAAUUCCCUUAUUGAUAUUAUGAGAGCAGAGCAUGAUCCUCUUAAGGGUCGAUUGAGCUAUCCACAUCCAGGAACUGACAAUCUGUUGAUGUUAAAUGCAAGGAGUUAUGGGCGAAGACGAGGUCGUUCUUCCCUCUUUCCAAUAGAUGAUGGCUUGCUGGAUGAUGGACAUAAUGAUCAAGUUGGUGUUUUAAAUUCACCCACAUGUUACUCAGCUCAUCAAAAUGGAGAGCGAAUAGAACGUUUCUCUCGAAAAGUUUUUGUUGGUGGUCUUCCUCCAGAUAUUGAUGAAGAUGAAAUAACUGCUAGCUUCAGAAGAUUUGGGCCUUUGGUAGUAGAUUGGCCUCAUAAAGCAGAAAGCAAGUCCUAUUUUCCACCAAAAGGCUAUGCAUUCCUUCUCUUUCAAGAAGAGAGUUCAGUUCAGGCACUAAUUGAUGCUUGUAUUGAAGAAGAUGGAAAACUCUAUCUGUGUGUUUCCAGCCCUACUAUCAAGGACAAACCUGUUCAAAUCCGUCCUUGGAAUUUAAGUGAUAGUGAUUUUGUGAUGGAUGGUUCUCAGCCUUUGGAUCCUCGAAAAACAAUUUUUGUUGGAGGUGUUCCUAGGCCAUUAAGGGCUGUGGAGCUUGCUAUGAUCAUGGACCGGCUGUAUGGUGGUGUUUGUUAUGCAGGAAUUGAUACAGAUCCUGAGCUAAAAUAUCCAAAAGGUGCUGGUCGAGUUGCUUUCUCCAAUCAGCAGAGCUAUAUUGCUGCCAUUAGCGCUCGGUUCGUUCAGCUUCAGCACGGUGAUAUUGAUAAACGUGUGGAGGUAAAGCCAUAUGUGCUAGAUGACCAGAUGUGUGAUGAAUGCCAGGGCGCACGCUGUGGUGGAAAAUUUGCUCCCUUUUUUUGUGCCAAUGUCACUUGCCUGCAGUAUUACUGUGAGUUUUGUUGGGCAAAUAUCCACUCUCGUGCAGGACGUGAGUUCCAUAAGCCAUUGGUAAAGGAAGGUGCUGAUCGCCCACGUCAGAUCCACUUCCGCUGGAACUAAGAAUAGCAAACCUGCCUCUGUUUAACAAGGAAAGAAAGGGUGCAUGUGGCUUACUGUGUCUGAAGAUACUGACAUGCAGAAGAAAUAAGUGCAUUCUUCUGCUUUCACCCCAGCUAUCAAUACAUGCAUCUUUAUCAGCAGCCAAAACACUACAAGCCUCUUGUUUUUCACCAAAACCCUACAUCUCAGGCUUACUAAUUUUUGUGAUAUUUUCAUGUUAAAAUAAAAUGUUUUUUUGUAUUUUCUCCAAGUUAUUUUUAUAUGUAAAGUUAAAAUUAGAUAUGAGAAUGUUUUGCGUAGGGGCAAACAGUCUGCUGCUAUAUAGUGGGUGAAGCGUGCACUUAUUUCUAAACGUGGGUUUUUAACUUCAAGAUCUGCCCCAGUAAUUUACCAAAGGUAGCAAAAUAAUAGUGAAGAUGGAAUAUGUCUGCUACAAAUGCUUAUUUUUAUUGUUGCUAUUUUCAGUGUAUACAUAAACUAAAAAUUAGGGUUGAUUUUUUUGCUCUCCAUUUUGACUUGCAAGAAAUAAUACCUCAAGAUAAUCUGAUUUAUUAGCUAUUUUUAAACAUUUUUAAUCACAAGCUGUAUUAGCUUUGCUGCUAUAUAGGUGUUAUGUGUAAAUGCCACCUAUUAAUACGGGAUUGAAAACGUUAGAGACACACUGCAUUGCAGAUAAAAUGCAGGCAGCACAAUAUGGCCUAAACUGCCAUAGUUUUAGAAUGUGAAAAAAAUGCAUGUUUACUUACCUGUAUACACCAUAUGCAUGCACUAGAAUUAUUAACUAACAAGAGGUGAGGUAUUGCAAAUGUUCAAAAAAGCUCUCUUGAAUCUAGGUAGCAUGAACAAAUUAUAAAAUUUGUUUAAAAAAAAAACUUGCAUGCAUUAUUGUGACUUCAAGUUAAAAAAAAAUGUCCUACAUGUGUACAAUAUGCAAAUUAGUUUUAGAUUAGAGAGUGCAGCCAUUUUGUGAUCUGGUCGGUAGUGGAAUUUGAUUUUAUGCAGACUGGAUGUAAUAUUUGUAAUCCCUGUGCAAUUUUGUGAUGUGCGGUUCUAAUUCAUGUGCAGUGAUAUAGUAUAGAUAAAAGACUGAGUAAAAGAAAAUUACUAGAAUUUUAAAGAAAGUUGAUUUUAGCCCCUUUGAUAGUUCAUGGUUAAGACAUCCUUUAUAAACCAAAGAUGGCCAGCACACUGCUAACUGGUCACCAAAUGUAAGACCCACAGGAAGCCCAUAUUUAAACAAAGGAACUUUAUCAAAGAAUGCAAAACUUUAGUAAACCUAAGUAAAGUCAAAAUGGAGAUGGGGAAAUAUACAGACGGCUAGUUGCAUAAAAUUCAAUUUUACCUUAAAGAUAAUGGUGAAAUCUGGCUUAAACUUGCAUACAUGUUUGACCUAUGUAUAUUGGGGUCUUCUGUCUAAACUGGGGUCACUGUUGCAUGGAAAUUGUUGUUCUUAAUGGUUAAGAAUUGCUUUUUUUUAAAAAAAAUUUUGAUGAAGGAAUUUUGGUAGUGACUUUGCUUGCAGUUUUUUUGAGAAAGUGGCAUGGAAACAUGCAAUAGUUAAUGAGUUUCUUUUGGUACUGAACACUAUUAGAAUAUCAUUAGUGAUAUUUUUUCUCUUUAGAGCAUUUUUGAUGCAACUAGCCCCUAUAUUUUAAUGUAAGAGUUACUCUGCAAUCUAAGCAAAGCACCCAGCAAUGGUAGAUGUUUUUUAAAAAUGCUGAAGUAAGAUUCUUGACUCUAAAGAGAGAAAAUUACAAGGGUGCUGCCGUAUUGCAGCCCCUUGGGACAAUCCUUCACGUGAGCAAAGUGUUGAUCUUAAUACUGGUUGUCUAUGGUGUGCUUUUUUGUACUGUAAAAAUAUGUGGUUCAUGUCUAACUCUGCUGUUUUAUUGUGGUUGUGGUUCAAGUUUUUAAUGUUUAAAGUUGAUGCUGUUUUCAGAAGAGCUUUUUACUAAUU